AUGUACCUGGAUAUUCGGACGCACCGCCAAAGACUACAAGCUACCGCAGGUAUCGGGCAGGCGUUUCUGCCUCUCCCCUUCCAUAUUCCAACUACUGUAGACCCGUGGAUACAGGAAAGUCUGGUCGAAAGUGUCUUCCAUGGCAACCUCGAACCUCUCGACCGGGCAGUUGAGACGGCGCUCAUAGCCAAUGUUCCGCAACUGAAUGAUUGGGGAAUCACCGACGCGAAAAGAUUUCUACUAUUCGCUAGCGGAAUGCUGUAUUGGGCACCUUCUGAAAUAGCCAGUGGAAGCCUCAUCUACUGGGUUCUCUGCCUUUUUUACUGGAUUCUGGACCAGAAGCCUCUGAGCUUAGAGCCUUUUUCCGUGCCCAUUGAGCCGUCAUCCGUGGGCAAGAUCUUGCCACUGGAUGACUGGAUCAGCCGAUUUGCAGUCAAAGUUGGAGAGUACAUGGACGAGCCCGGUUCGAUCUCUGAUGCAGCUAUCGCAAGCUUCCAAGCAUCACCGCUAUACCACUACGAGGAGGCCUAUGUACCUCCUGAAGGCUUCCCUACAUUCAACAAGCUUUUUGCUCGCUAUUUGAAGAAAGGCAUGCGCCCCAUCAGCUUCCCGAAUGACGACAGCGUGGUCGUGUACCCGGCCGAUUCCACCUUCAAAGGUGCAUGGCCCAUCAAUGAUGUAAACAACCCUGACCACGAACCGAACACGGUCACAGUUGACGACACGGAUAACCAAACUGUUACCGUCAAACACAUUGAUUGGCAUAUCAAAGACCUCCUGAAGGAUAGCAAGUAUGCUCCACACUUCGUUGGUGGACAGUUCAUGCACGCCUUCCUAGGCCCCCAAGAUUAUCAUCGACAACACGCACCCGUCGGAGGCACGGUAUUGGAAGUAAAUAAAAUUCAUGGUCUCGCAUAUUUGGAGGUGACAGCCGAAAAGUCUGGCAAGCUCCGCUUACGCCGUCGCCUUGAGCCCCGACUACGCAAGAGACGCACCACAGUUAAUGCUCCGGACCUUGAUUUCUCAGAGCUGGAUGCUCCAGAUGGCACCGGAUACCAAUUCUUGCAGACACGAGGUUUAGUUGUGAUCGAUAACCCGCUACUUGGCAAAGUAGCUGUUCUUCCAAUUGGUAUGGCCCAAGUUUCUUCUGUCAAACUUGUCUGGGAGCCACCAGCGGGAAAGAACUACCCAAUCUAUCCGAAUGCAACCAUCAAAAAGGGUGACGAGAUCUCACAUUUUGAGUUUGGCGGGUCGGAUAUUGUGCUUGUCUUUGAGAAGAAGGCUUGUCUUAAGAUUCUUGGGGCUACAGGUACUAAUGACAAGGGCAAAGAGACCGAUAAGCAGAAGUACCUGGUCGGCAUGCCCUUGGGAGUUUCGUGCAAGGGAAAUUGA